AGGUGCCUCAGCUGUUGAAAUACGCCGACUCGUCGUUCCCCGAUACAUUCAAAAUGGAACCAGAGACUCGAUUGUUAUGGAUUGCGAUUACAGUUACAAUGAAAAUGACCUGAGGCUUGUGGUCAAGUGGUUCUUUGAAGAUAGCUUGGAACCUAUCUAUCAGUGGAUACCAGAACUAAAACUAAAGCAUACUUCAGAGUUUUUUAAGAACAGACUAGACUUGAACUACUCCGUAAAUACCAUGGAUGAUUAUUCUAGAUUUAGAGCAUUGAAGAUUUACAGACCUUCGACAGAACUUACCGGAAAAUAUACAUGCUUAGUCACAUCUCUUGCCGGACAAGACUCAAGAGAGCAAGUUAUGACGAUUUAUGUGCCGGCACACGAGUUUGAGCUCAAAUAUUCGGAAUCUCUAUCCGACACUGUCAACGUUUCCUGCGAAGUCUUCGGGGUGUUUCCGUUUCCUUUGCUGAAACUCUAUAUUAGUUCAUCUAGUGGAAGUGCGCCCAAAAUUGUGCCCGAUGUGGAAUAUCUGACUUUAAAGGAACCACAGGAACAACCUGGUUCCUACAAUGUUCUUUUACAAAGGACGUUUAAAGCUACCGAGAUAUCUUCGAAGAGUGCCACAGUAUUUGAAUGUAAAUUAGAACUUCCUGGAACAAACUAUGCACAGUCAAAAAGGAUUGCCUACUACCCUGGAAUUCAAGGGCUACGGAUAGGUGCGCCGUAUGAAUUGUCAUCAGUGUCACCUCAUGUUUUGAUCCCAGACUUUUUGAGUUUGUUAAUUGUAUCAGUACUUUUUAUUUUAUUUUAAAAACGUUAAAUGGAGACAACUGAGAAAAAAAGAAGAAAUUCAUUAUGCAUUUAUAAAUUUUGAGCUGUCUUCUUAUAUUUGGAGUGCUUUAAUUUUUAAAUAUUGGAAAUAGAAACAGCUUAAUUUAACUAUUAUUUUUAAAAUAAUGCAACAGAAAAAGGGAAUGAAUAAUUUUCAUUAAGCAUUUGUUUACUGCCUCUAAGUUUUUUUUUUCGUUCAACAGAAAUUAGUAACACAACUUCUAUAUCAAUAUGAGAGCAAGCAAAAAAAAUAUUAUAUUAAAUUUAACAGAAAAAGGUCUGUUUCAAACUUGAAAAAUUGAUAUAAUAUAUAAAUAAGCAAAUGAAUGAAUAAAUAACUACUUAAAUAAAGAUGAAAUAAAAUUAAGUACACAAAGUUAAACGGAAAAAAUGAACUCUCAAUUUUCAAAAUGACUAUCAGUUAUGUUACGUGCAUUUAUACAUAAAGAAAUAAAAUUUGUCUUUAGUAAUUCAUUUAUUUUUCCACUCAGUUGAAAAAUUAAAAAAAGUGCAUACAAUUAAUUUAUUGCUCUUUAAACAAACAAAUUAGCAUGCCCGAUUCAUAUAUGCAUUUUUUAAAAUAUUUUAGCGGUUUCUACCAUUUUCAAAUAAGUCAUGUAUAAGUUUCCUGGCAGAAAAGUAACUUAAAACUGCUUAUGAAACUCUUAAAUCUUAAAGUUAAUCAUAAUUAUCUUAUUUUUAUAUUAAUAAAAUAUUUACAUUAUUCAUUUAAUUUAAAAACAAUAUUUGAUAAACACGCAAAUGUUCACAUUGAAACUAAUUACAUUAUAACGUGAAAUUUAUUUAAGCAAGCUUCUUUAUUGAAUAAACUGAAUUGUAAGACGUUAUCAUUGGUUUUUGUUCAUAACAAUUAUUAAUAUCUGUUUAUAACAAUUUAAAUAUCUAAAUAAGCAAAAAUGAUUCAUUAAGUGUGACUUGUGUCUCUUAACUGCAAAAAGCAAUUUUUGAAAUUAUUUAGAAACAAAUUAAGUGAAAUAGAACAACACAAAAAUGAUCAAAUAAUGCUAAUUAUUGUUAUUAUAAAUAAUAUAUUCGUGUUCCUCUUUAAGUAAAAAUUUGCAGUUUUUUAAACUUUCUUUCCAUUUACUAUCUAACUAACUUGAGUGGCUAUAUUUCUUUCAUUUCUUUAGUUAAAAUAUUACUGUCUAUUUUUAUACACAAUGUCUUGAAUGUCAGUUUUGAAAGUGAUACAUAUCAGUCACUGUAAAUAACUCAUUUUAUUGUAUUAAAAAGUUUGUUGUGAUCAAUAAAAUGUAUUUUUCAAAUUAA